UUAAACCUAACACAACUUUUUUCUUUUUUUUUUUCUUCCCCAAACAAUGACGAUGACAGUCAAUAAGUUUUUGGUGCCGUUAUUUUUAAGAUUACUAUUUCUAGCCAUACUUCUUGUUGGUAUUAGUGCCACUCUUUUGUGUAAGGUCGACACAAAAGAGCUUUGUGUGAACUGUCGACCAGCAGUGGCUCCUUUGCACGGAAAACCACUGCAACCACCAACGAAACAUUGUUGUUCAGUGAUUCGUCAUGCCGACCUCAAGUGUUUGUGCAACUUCAAAUCAAUCCUCCCAUCUGUUGGGAUUAAUACAACUAUUGCUUUGGCUUUGCCUUCCAAAUGUGGCAUUAACACUCCCCCAGAGUGUCAUGGUCUAUGAAGGCUCAAUGGUAGGAAACUAAAUUAAUUGAGUGAUUUCUUGAAAUGGGCAUGUGUUUUUAGGAAAUGGGUUACUUUUAUUUUGAGUUUUUCUUCAAUGUACUUUACCAUAUUUUGUGUAGAGAGAGAGAAAAAAAAAGAGUGUUGCUCUUCAUGUAUGUUUGUGGGUGGGAACUGAGGGCUUCUUCAUGUGAAGAAGUAUUUUACCUCAUACAAGUGUUAUGGAAUA